GCUGUUCUGUGAUUUUGUCCCCCCCCCCCUCACCUCCUCCAGUUAUCAACUGCAGCUGUCGGACAGAGCAACGCUGGUUAAUCCCUUUGCAGGGUAGAAAGUAGAAAUCUGAGAUGGUGGAGCGAUGGUGAGCUCAAGUUCAUAAACUUACGUGUUGCAGCUCCAUGUCCUGAGUGACUUCAGUUCGCCUGCUUGUUGAAGUGUGUCUCGGCUGAAUCAUGGCUCGUGGUUGUAUCUGUUGCGUCAAAUACAUGCUCUUCCUCUUCAACCUGCUCUUCUGGCUGGGUGGAUGCGGUCUGCUGGGCGUAGGAGUGUGGCUAUCGGUGUCUCAGGGCAACUUUGCCACCCUGUCACCCUCAUUCCCCUCGCUUUCUGCCGCCAACCUCAUCAUCACUCUUGGCACCAUUGUCAUGGUCACCGGCUUCCUGGGUUGUCUGGGCGCCAUCAAGGUGAACAAGUGCCUUCUGCUCAGUUUCUUCAUUGUCCUUUUGAUCAUUCUCUUGGCCGAACUGAUCCUCCUCAUCCUGUUCUUUGUCUACACAGACAAGGUAAGCGAUAAUGCCAGACAAGACCUGAAGGAGGGGCUGGUGCUAUACAAUACAGAUAAUAAUGCUGGUCUAAAGAACGCGUGGAACACCAUCCAGACAGAGUGGCGGUGUUGCGGGGUUAUGAGCCACACCGACUGGCACGCUGCCCUGCAGGAGAAGGUGGUCCCCGACCGGUGCUGCCAGGAGGUCUUCCAGGGCUGCGGGCGCAAUGCCUCCAAUGCUUUCUGGACACGAGGUUGCUACGAGAAAGUAGAGGAGUGGCUGGACGACAACAAACACCUACUGGGAACCAUUGCUAUGUGUGUGCUGGUCAUACAACUCCUUGGUAUGGCUUUCUCCAUGACGCUGUACCAGCAGAUCCACCGAGCAGGGAAGAAGUAUGAAGCCUGAAGCACUGGUUCUCUCUCACACGCUUCGUUCCUUUCAUUUCACCUCGACUUAGAGGGAAUGUUCACCCGGUCCUACAGCCCCGACAUAUUUUGUUGCUUAAGUGUGACGUCAUCGUUACUUUGUGUUUAUGGUCAAUUAGCGACUGACAUACUUGUAGUGCAUGCCACAACAGCCUUGUAUCUUUUAUCGCUCAUCUAUGCACCUACGUACCAUUGUGAAUAAUACGAGUUAAUAUUUUUACGACUUGCUUUUAUUAUCACCGUAAAGCAGUGUUUUUAUUUAAAUGAUGUGUGUGAUUUGAGUCUGUCGGUGUAAGUAGAGAGAAUAGACGUGAAGGUCUGAAGAGAGGUCUACAGCCCGAGAGUGGUGAGGUGGGGGAGCGCCGUCAUGUGGUACAUUAUACUGUAUGGCUCUAGUUACCAUGAGCACGUGUACUGACUUUUUCAAUAAAAGUACAGAUUACUCUGUCAAA